CUUCAGGUUGGCAAACGCUGGGAAACAGUUAUGCCCAAGUCUGGGUUGUCAUGGCAACAGCUGCUUCCACAUGGAGCGGUGGGGGAGGGGGGGUUCGCUCUUCCAUGCAUACAUUUGAAAGUCGCCCGCGUGACAACAAAACAUCGGCAGGCAGAUUAUGUAAUCCAGCGGAAACGAGUGAGGGUCGCCAUGGCAACAGAGCACCGAGAAAUGUUUUCUUGUCUUUUGCCCGCAGACGGACGCUCGCGCCAGCGCUGGCAUGGCUUCCGGAAAUGUCACGGAUGGAAUUAAUAACGGUGGACAAUUUGUCUGGAUGUGCUGAUGGAUGGAUGAGUGCGUUGAAGAAAGAGAGAACACGGCAUGUAUUGGACGUGUUGUAUUGACACGUUGCAGAAAGUAAAAAUGCUGCAAAACGCCAAACGACACCUGGUUCUGUGGAAGCGCGUCUUCAGCGACAUGGGCCACAUAUGUCUGGAAUUCGAGUACCUGGACAAGAGUCUUUAUGACCUCAUGAGGGAGCGUCAAUUUAAACAUCUCCAAGUGAAGGACAUUCGACCCAUGGUCCAUCAGCUGGCCAGCGCUCUGGACCACUUGAAGUGCGCUCAUAUGAUUCACGCCAACAUCAGUUUGAAGAACAUCAUGCUGAUCGACCACCAGCAGCAGCCGUACAGAAUCAAACUCGGCUUGGCUCAAGGCGCUUCGGUCACCAAAGAGAAUGCCAAUGUUCACAGCCACCCGUAUCGGUCUCCAGAGAUCUUACUGGGGGCUCCGUACACCGAGGCUGCUGACGUGUGGUCUGUCGGCUGCGUGGCGGCUUUCCUCUACCUGGGCACUCAUAUGUACCCUGGCAGGAAGGAAUACGAAACGAUAAAGUGCAUUAUGGAGACUCAAGGUCCAUUUCCAGAGGAUAUUCUUGUCUCUGGCGAGAAGACCUGUGACUUUUUCCGUGGUGACAAAAAAACGAUUACUUGGAGACUGAAGACGCCAGAACAUUACCAACAAGAGACAGGAUUCGCAGCACGAGACACCCGAAAGAUCAAGUUGACUUCUCUCAAUCAUCUUCAGCAACUCAGGCCUUGGUUUUUCGAUGCCAAGCACCCAGCCGAUAAAGAUGUAUACACAGACGACAAGCAGAUGUUUGUGGACAUGCUGAAGGGGAUGCUCCGCCUCAACGCGUCCCAGCGGCUGACUCCGCGUCAUGUCCUAGCGCAUCAGUUCGUCACAAUGAGCCACCUGAAGCCUCAUCACGACGUCAGCCUGUAUGCAAAGUCGUGCUAUGAGUUGAUGUCCCACUGCGAGAAGGAAGCAGCUCACAUUAGCAAAAGGAAAUCUUCAACCUUGCAGAGAACGUCAUCAAAAAGCAGUCAGAGGAAGAGGAACUCCACCACAAGAGCUCACAAGAAGUCCCAUGAUGCAACAUACAAUCCCUCCAAAAGGCUAAAAACUGGAGCUGAAGAUUACCGCACCAAUCGACACCACCGGAAUAAUCAAGCCAAACAACCUGCCGGCGAAAGAAGCCUCUCCCUGACCUCGAAUCCCUCAAGACUGAGGUCGAAGGAUGCAAAGUACAUAAAGCUGAAAACCAGAUUUGCGGCACGCUUCAUGGAGGAGCAAAGCACGAUGGAUGAGAAUCAGACUCUUCAAAGUGCUGCAGCUCGGAGCCACCACAACCCUGGACCAGGAACAAAAGCCUGGAUUUUGGGGAAGGAUCCUCCCAAAAGUGUACUCUAAUGACCAAAACACAAAAUACUUUAGUUUUCAGUGCAAAUCAUGUAAAGACGUCACAAAAGCAAAACUCAUUUACGCACAGAUAAGAAAACAUCAACACUCGCCAACAGUUGAAGGGAUAAAAACGAAAGGCUGGUUAAAAUUUCAAAUAAGGGUUAAGGUUUCAAAGAAUUUAAAAUUAGCGCUUAAAUCCACGGUUAGGGUUUCAAAGUCCAAUUUUAGCGUCAGAGUUCAGUGUUAGCGUUUGAAGUUACAUUUUCAAAUUGGGUUUUCAAGCUAGGGUUAGAGUUUAAAAGUAGAGUUUAAAGCCAUGUUUAGGUUUCAAACAAGGAUUAGGCUUCCAAGCCAGUGUUAGGGUUUGAAGUUGGGUUUUCAAACAAGGGUUAGUUUUAAAUUAGGGUUUGGGUUUCAAGGCAGUGUUUGAAGCCGGGUUUAGUGUUUCAUAGUAGGUCAAAUUGGGGUUUGAAGCCAGGGUUAAGUUUCAAAGUAGGGUUAGUGUUUCAAAAGUAGUGUUUGAAGCCAUGGUUAGGACUUGAAAUUAGGGGUUAGGGAUUCAAAGUAGGGCUUGAAGCCAUGGUUAGGACUUGAACCCCCAACUAGUCCACUUAAAAGCUCAGCUGAGCUUUUUCAGCUGUAGCGCAUCUAAUUUAGCUGUAGUUGUUUUCAUUUCACGGUAGGUCAACUCUUUUAGCUUGAGCUCUUCUCGUUUUGCUAUUUCUCAAGUCAUUCAGCUGUAGCUCAUCUCAUUUUACAGCGGCGAGAACAUCUCGACCCGAUUAUCCUCCUCCCGAUCGCACGACGCCAUAGCAGUAGUUUUAUUUAUAUGGCAGAGGACGACACCCAAAUGCCACACGGGUGCGCUCGGGCCCGCCGGAUAGGCUUAGGUGGCGAGCAAAGGUGCUGAUCCAAACUGACAUUUGAAAAAGUGGCACAAUGUGCAUUCACGCGGUUACACUUUGUUCUCUGAUGAAGAAGAGGAAGACACAAAAACACUUUGCCGCUUCAGAUCAAAUCCGAUCACAUCACUUUCGACUGUACAGUGUCCGUUUGCUCACUCGUUGACAUAAUAA